GAGCGCAGGAGCUUCAGUGUAAACAAAACCCUCGAGCGGGACGGACGUGUGCUGCUGCCCGUCAUAUCCAUUUAGUGUACAAAUUCCAUCUGUGAUAAUUAAGCAGGAGGAGGCUCAGGGCACGGCCUCCCCGACCCCCCAGGCCCCCCCACACCUACCAUGAGCGGGGGAUAGGAGAGAGAGAGAGGCAAAGAGAGAUUGAGAGAGAGACGGAGAGAAAGAGAGAAGACAAGAUUUUUUAAAAAGUUGUUUGGUGAGGAAAGACGAGAAACAGAAGAAGAAAUACAAGAGGCACCAGAAUAUAAAGAAGCAGAAGAAGAGGACAAGAAAUAAAGAAAAAAAAUAAUUCAAGAUUUUGGUGACGUAAAUAUUUGAAUAAUAAUAAAAAAAGGAGAGGCAAACCAGAAAGACAAAGAACAAAAAAAAAAAAUAAAUAAAUAAAAUAAAUAAAUAAAAAACUAAGAAAAAUAACUAAAUAUUUUGGGUAAACUGGACAAAUUUCAUUGGUGUUCUCUAUGCCGUCGUUAAGGAACCUCCGCUCCUCCUCCUCCUCCUCCUCCUCCCCCUCCUCCUCUUCCUCCUCCUCCUACUCCUCUUCCUCCACCUCUUCCUCCUUCUCCUCCUCCUCCUGCUUCUCUUCCUCUUUUCUGAGCUAAGCGAGGCCCCAAAAACACUUCACAAUGCAGUAAUUCAACGAUAACUGGCAGGUGGUGGUGGUGGUGCAGCAGCAGCGGUGGAGGUGGUGGAGGAGGUGGAGGAGGCGAGGACAUCCUUCUCGGAGGAGGAGGAGGGGGAAGAACACGGGAAUAACUCGAGAACAGGGGAGGAACACUAAUUCGACCUUGAGGAACGCCACGGUCAGAAUGGCUAGCAAUAUUCUGUGGCCCUGUGGCGGCGGCGGCGGCGGCGGUGGUAGUGGUGGUGUACAGCAGCAGCAGCAGCAGCAGCAGCAGCAGCAGCAGGACCUCCUGACGCCCCUACUGGAGGCACUGACACUGGAGCCCAAGUACCAGCCCUCUCUGGCACUCCCGCAAGUGGCAAAGCAGGAUGGCGGGGAGAUCAGUAUGAGGAUGAGGAACGGGUCUGCCCACGUGCUGCGCUGCCUCAAGGUGUGGUACGACCUGCCCCCGGACACCUUCUUCAACGCUGUCAACAUUAUGGACCGUUUCCUCACGCGUAUGAAGGCCCAGCCGAAGCACCUGUCCUGCAUCGCGGUGAGUGCCUUCCACCUGUCAUGCCAGUUCACCCCAGGUUACGCACACCUGCGGGAGGUGGCCCAGGUGGUGCCGGACACCCGCGACCUCACCACCAUCUCCCAGUGCAAAUGUUCCUCCGGGGACGUCACCAGGAUGGAGCGCAUCAUUCUGGACAAGCUGGACACCGACCUGCGUUGCCAGCCCCCUGUCACCCCCCUCACCCUGCUGCGGCUCUUGUAUGCCGCCCACGGCCACCUCUCUGCCCCCCUCCUGCCACCCCACAGCCCGGCCUCGGCGCUGCCCCACCCCCAGGGCACCCUCACCACGCUCAUCCACAAGCUGGAGAUCGUUGGGUGUGACGCGGCAGCUGCCACGUUCCGCCCCGCCGAGCUGGCCCUGGCCCUCCUGGCACUGGAGUUUGGGCAGGACACGGCGCACCACAACGUCCACCAGGCCUGCAUUGCCCACCUGCAGGCCAUCUGUAAGGUGGGGUACGAGAGCUUUGAGCAGUGUCGCAAGGUGGUCGGGGAGCUGAUGGACCAGUAUGAGAACCAGCGCCAUUCCCCGCACCGCCAGCGUCUUGUGUGGAAGCUGUCCAAUCGCACGCUCCGGCAGCUGCGACCCACUGACAAGUUUACUACGCGUCUACCCACCAUUGCAGAGCGUCAGGGGCCCGCCAGACCUCCCAUCAUACGCAGGCGGAUGGACAGCGAGUGUUCGGAGAUGUAUGUAUCCUCUUCAUCUUCAUCGGAGGAGGAGGAGAUGGAAUAUGACUACGAUGAGGAGUUCCCGCCACUCCCCACCCCGGCUGCUUCCCUCAAAUCCCCUCGCCGCUCCCCCAGCCAGCAGUCGCCCCACAGCAAGAAAUCCCCAGCCUUCCUUCCCUACCCACAGCUGAACCGUAAACACAACCGUCUGGCAUAGUCCCCCCUUCCCCCAAAUUAUUGAUACUCUGGUGGGCUGGUCUCCGUUUUCUUUGCUCUGACCUUUUGUGCCUCCUCUUACUUAUUGUAGAGGAGGAGGAGGAGGAGGAGGAAUCGAUGUUGGUCUGGUGUUCUCUGUAUCUCCUCUCACUUAACUUGAGGAGGAAGAGGAAGAGGAGGAGGAGCUAGAAUUAAUAUUGAUCUGUACCUCCCCUCACUUACUGAAGAGGAAGAGGAAGAGGAGGAGGAGCUGUGGUUAAUGUUGAUUCUCUUGCCUUCACACUCUGUAAACCUCCUCUCACUUACUGAACAAGAGGAGGAGAAGGUGGAAUUAAUAUUGAUCCAGUUUCCUUCACUCUGUAAACCUCCCUCACACUGAACUAGAGGAAGAGGAAGAGGAGCUGGAAUGAAUGGGGGCAGUUAAUCAGUUACUGGCAUAAUGUUAUUUAUUCAUCUUAGUCCCAGAAAGAGGCAGUUGUCUGUCUCUUGGGGAUGACCAGCGAACUUUUGAUUUCCGCGUUUGUUUCUGCGGGCGACUUGGAUUUGUGUGGCAGGGACGACUCGAGUCACGGGUCACGUCUGCCUUGAUUGUUCAGCGGUGUGUUUGUGAAGGGACGGGAAGGGUGACGGGACUGCAAGGGAAGGAGAGAGGAAGGAGAGGAAUGGAGAGGAGAGGAGGGAAGAUGUGUGAUUAUCUCCUCCUUGUCCUCCUCCUCCUCCUUCUGGUUCUUCUCACCCGUCACCCUCCCUCCUUCCUUCCUUCCUGUGUCUUGGUGUUUCUUGCUUGUACUGUCUUUAGCCUUCUCUUCCCUCACCUGUCUCCUUCCUUCACCCCCCUCCCUCCUUCCCCCCGAACCCAUACUCCACACCAUGCUGCCCAGCCGUGCACCGGUGACAUUGCCCCGUGUACACACACACACACACACACACACACACACACACACACACACACACACACACACACACACACACACACACACACACACACACACACACACACACACACACACACACACACACACACACACACACACACGUUCCCUUGCUCCUGUCGUGCACAAAAGUGAUAAGGAUAUAAUAUAUGAAGACUAUUUAUUUGUAACUGCACACUGGUGUCCUCUCCCUCCCGUACACACACACACACACACACACACACACACACACACACACACACACACACACACACACACACACACACACACACACACACACACACACACACACACACACACACACACACACACACACACACACACA